GGGGGGCAAGCAGCCUAGUUUACAACAAGAGGAAGAGAGAGGGAAAGAGAAAGAAAGGGCCAAGGCUUCCGAGGGAGAGGACGAGACGAAAAUAAGGGUUUAAAUCCCAGUUGGAAGCCAUGGUGAUGCGAUACUAAGACUUUUCUGGGCCACAGCAAGCCUCGUAACGGCAAGUAUUGAACGUACCGGACGGAGCGCGCGCCGAUGUCGUCCGCACGAAGUGGCUAGCUAACCUGCUGCAGACGGACGGAUCUUUAACGCCUUCAACCAAACGUCGCUUCUCCAUAAAGCCCUUUUCACCUCAGCCUUCAGUCUUCGGGCGGCAUUCUGUCAUCUUCAAAAAGCCGCUCGUUCGCUACCUUUAAAGCUUGAUCAAGGAGGACGGGGAGUUAGAAAAAUACAACAGCAACCCCCCUUUCCCCUCGCUGACAGGAGCCAGGAGUCUUCACCGUGGUCGCAUUUGUCGUUAUGUUGUAGUCUUCUCAGUAGAUAGCUUACGGCAGGUUUGUGGCCAGAUUGGACAGGUACAACGUGCUGCCUAAUUGGAGCCCAUGAAGAGACCUACUCGAUGUUUUGUGGCCCUUCUCGGUAAUCAAACUGAUGGAUAGCGGAUCGUAAGCAGAGGGUGAUGGAUGAAUGCACCAUACUCACGACAUAUGCCCCUGUGUGUUUUCUAGAGUUAAACCCACAUGGGAUGGUGUUCCUUCAUAGGUGAUUUUGUAUUUUCUCUGGUAUCUUAAUUACCAGAUUAAAACGGGUGCAUAUCAUAAUUCCUGUAGCAAUCAUUUGGAGAAGCAAGUUACUAUUUCUGGGGACUGUUCCUGUUUUAAAGGUUCACGCUGGGUUUGUGGACAGUCGAUCAGUGUACUUUUUUCAAGACAUGAGAACAAUUGCGUUUCUUUUGCCUGUGUCUGUGCGGCUGGUGCACGACCAGGGGCGUUCCCGUGAGGUUGGUCCAAUUUGGAGCGGUGCACUUGAGGCUCCAGUUAUUGCUAGGGACAGCUAAAACUGCGUCCGUCUGGCUUCUGAUUUAAAUCGGCUGGUAUCUAAGUAGGCUCAUAAGUCCAAAGCAAACUCUUUAAGCCCAUACAACUUGAAAGCAGACCCCCCCACCCGCAGCGUUGACCACUUUCAGAUUUGGUGGUUGCAGCGCUGUGCAAAUUUAUCCACACGCUGCUCUCUAACACCAGCCUUUAGGUUGCUUUCGGCGGGGGUUUAUGUGCUUCAAAGAGCCUUUCGAGCCCUCCUGCCUGCAGCUUAUCUUUGGUGCAGAUCACUGUUUGACAUGGCCCGAAAAGACUGCGUAGUUCCCGGGCGGAUGUUUUAACCCAGGCCGUGGAUGGGCUCGAGGCCUUGUUAACUCCUUCCUGACCAAGCUGCUGUAGUAAUGUAAACAAACAGGGAGAGAGGGCAUCAGGGGUAAUUAGACCAAAGGGAGGUGGAACGUCGCCAUCGAUUAUAUUCAUAUAUAUGUCGACGGUUUAUUUCACACCGUUGUAUUCUUGCUAAUCCAAUUUCCAAUUUCUCUUUUUCUAUCGCAGUCUCUUAUUGUGCAUUUAGUUCACCGAUGUUGGCUUGUUCCGUGCGCUUACGGUUGUCGCAUUCAGCGAUUGGGAGAGAUGGACUACUCUCUUGAAUUUAACUACAAAUAGGAUACCUCUCUUUUUGCCACACUUUAUAAUCCUGAUCACGACAGGUUACGGGGCGGUUUUAAUGAUUACGUAUGAUGACUGCAACCUGAAGCGAUGAAGCCGACACCACUGAGCACAUGUCGUCAUCUCCGAGCUUCCCGGCAAUAACAGCACGAUAUUUUGGAUUAAAUAUGUUUCCCUACCUGGAUUUCUGUGUGUCGUGGGACAGAUAUUUUUGAACACUUAAUCGUUAUUCUCUUUUGGAGACGCGCCAAGGAUUUCAUGCAACUAUGUUCUCAUCAGAGAAUCCUCAGUAUCUUCGCCAAGGAUUAAGCAUGUUUGUGUGGACCAAUGUAGAGCCCCGGUCAGUUCCAGUCUUCCCUUGGCAUUCAUUGGUUCCUUUUCUGGCACCCACCCAGUCAGAUGCCUCUUCUCAGCCAGGAGAGGGCCAGCACCCAGUCAACCACCCUCAAGCAGCCAGUCUAAAGACAGAGUGUCAGGGCGUGGCAGCACUUUCACAGGAGCCUGCAGAUGUGCCUCCUACUGUAGAGAGGGGUCCCCCACCCCGGCCUCCCCCUUCCUCUGAUGAGCCUCCUCCAGAGAAGGAGAAAGGAGAUGCAGAGAGGGAAAGACCAGAUAGUGAAACCGAGAGUGAUGUAGAUGACCCCUUCCUCCCAGGAGUGGUACCUGAGCAGCCCCUCUCUACAUCACCGGUAAAAAGACGCACACAGUCCCUCAGCGCGCUGCCCAAAGAUGGAGACAAGAGCAGCCCAGGAAAGAGGGAGAAGGACCACAUCCGACGACCAAUGAAUGCAUUUAUGAUUUUCAGUAAACGCCAUCGAGCGUUAGUGCACCAGCGACACCCAAACCAGGACAACAGGACAGUGAGCAAGAUUCUUGGAGAGUGGUGGUAUGCGCUGGGGCCGAAAGAGAAACAGAAGUACCAUGACUUGGCAUUUCAGGUGAAAGAGGCCCAUUUUAAAGCUCAUCCAGACUGGAAAUGGUGCAACAAAGACAGGAAAAAGUCCAGCUCUGAAGGUCGUGGAGUCCCUGGCACCAAAGACAUCAGAGAGAGAAGCAUGUCGGAAUCCACAGAACCCCAUUCAGUGGAGCUGAAGGGUGUUGGUCCAAGUCUGGUGGGCGUGUCCGACAAGAGUAAAGGAGAGGGCCAUGUGGGGCAGCUUACCCGUCCCAGAGCCUUUUCUCAGAGUGCCAUGCACAGCCUGGAGCGGGGUGACAGGGCUAACACACAAGCCCUGGCAGAACUGGCACAAAUGUGUGGUGAUGGUGGCAGUCAGUUCUCGAGCCAUGCUGCUCCUGUGUUGCAGACUCAGCGGGGGGUCAGUGAGGACAUGACCAGUGAUGACGAGCGCAUGGUCAUCUGUGAGGAGGAGGGAGAUGAUGAUGUGAUUGAGGACACUUAUCCGAGCAGCUCCAUAGACCUCAAGUGUAAGGAGCGGGUGACUGACAGUGACAGCGAAAAUGGUUCAGGAGAUGAAAGUGAUCGGAAGAGAGUGUUUGCUCCAGUCAUCUGUUCGACUGCUUCGUCCACUUCCUCACAUCAUACCCCUCAUGGAAGGAGCUUCUCACUGUCAUCAUACCCCAGCAGCAAGCGUUAUGAUGAGGGAAAAUCAGGAGGAGGAGGUUUUUCAGACCACAGGAGGAAGGAAAGAUGUGAGGGAGAGGGAAAGGACUCUUUUGGGGGUGAGGCAGCUGGAAGUGUCCAAGCCUCUACUCUUACCCUCACUUCAGGUCAGUUAGUCAUGUCCACUUCUUCAAGUGGGGGACAUCCGUCUUCCUCAGUAGGUUCGCUGGGAACGAACCCUCUCCUGGGCAUUGGCACUGUGAGGGUGGCCUCCACAGUGGUGACCAAUGUAAUGCGUCCAGUUAUCAGCACACCUCUCCCCAUUGCCAGCAAACCUAGGGAUGGAGGCCCCUCAUCCAGUCCACAUCCUCCUGAGAAGAAGUCCUUGACACCCCAGCCACAAAUUGUGAUUGGUCCAGGAGGAGGCGGAUGUGCAGCGGCAGGGGGUGGGUACUACUCUUCAUCAUCACAGAACCCUGUUGGUACAGGUGUGGGACAAGGUGGUGUCGUGACCAAUUUAGUGUUAGGAGGACCGCUGUCCACACAAUCGGCUGUGCAGCUCAUCACCCCCUCCCCCCAGUCUCAGCCAUCCCAUCAGCAGGCCCUUACCUCCACAGCCGUUUCAGCCCCACACAGCCAAACCAACGGACCCCUGCCUCUUCCCCUGCUUCAGCAUCAGUUCCUUCCUUCUUCCUCCAUGGCCAGUCAUGGGACUAAGGCCAUCACACAAGUUCAGUACAUUCUGCCCACCCUCCCUGCAACCACCAACCCAAAGAGUCCACCUCAGCAGCUCAGCCAGCCAACCAGUAUCUUCAACUUACCCACAGCCCCACCAACACACAUGUCCUUGGCCAACGGAAAACACCAGGGUGCAAGUUUACCAGCAGGAUUUACAUCUAGUCCUGCCGUGGGCGUGGUCAGCCCUGGAUCAAGAGUACAAACCCAGUCUCCUGUGCUCCAGAGUAAAAUGCUUGUUCCCAUGGCAACAGUACGGACUGCACCAGCCCCUGCCCAGCAGUUUCCCAUCGUGGCACCACCUAUCACUGUCCAGAAUGGUCCUCAGUCUGGAAGCAAGAUCAUUCAGAUAGCUCCCAUGCCAGUGGUCCAGUCACAGCUUCCUCAGGGUGGAGCAGUGCAUCCUGCCAGCCCAUUCCCUGUUACAGUCGGCACAGCUGCUGUAGUAGCACCAGGAUCAGCCCCCUCCCAGACUGUGCUUCUGCCACAGGCACCUACCAGAAUCACCUACGUCCAGUCAACUCCAGGGGUCCCAUCCACUCUGCCUCUGGUCUCCACAACAACUGGAUCUUCACCCACCCAGCAAGCUCUACCAGUUCCUGGUUCUGCAUAUGUUCCGUCACCCCUAGCAACACUUGGGUUCACAGCCAUCGCUCCACCUGGACAGACACUGGUCCAGCCUUUGAUUGCAGGUCAGCCCCCUCUGCUAGCCCCAGCUCAGUCCCCGCAGCCCUCCACCUCAGCCCCUGUCUCUGGCUCUGGGGGACAGAUAGUAAGUGCCAUCUACCCUCCAUCGCCCAAUGUCACCAUGGCAACAGGGGUGGUCUCUAUGGCAGCAGUACCACCCAGUGUGGUCUACUCCGUCUCCAGCCCUUCAAGCGCUUCCCCCCACAUCCUGCCCAAACACACAACCCCCACCGUGGUCACACACCCACAUCCGGACAGAUCGGCAGAGCGGCUCCUGCCUCCAGACAGAUCUGCUGAUCGACAGACUGACAGGCAGGCAGAACAGCAGACACAUGCUGGCAGACAGCUGGAGAGGCACACACAGACCAUCAGCAGCAGCAGCAGCAGCUCAGCUGCACCUCCUAGUGGCUCAGUGGUGUCUAUAAGACCAUGCAGUCCUCUUCAGAUCCCAACUACUGGCACUAAUCUGGGCACACCCAAACUCCCGCAGCUUCCAGUCAGGGUCCCUCAGAAAGUGAAAGCAACGGUGGCAAACAUCCCAGUGGGCAGCUACGAUGGAGGAGGGCGAGGGAAAGACCGAGAGCGCGACAAGGAGAGGGAAAAGGAGCGGGAAAAGGAGAAGGAAAGGGAGAGGGAAGCCGUCGCAAACAGUCGUUUUUCUUUUGAUCCUGAGCCAUCAGGGCAGACGGGGUCUCCGUCAACACAUCCCACCGAGGAGCCUCCGCCCUCUGACAGAUCAAUGGAGGGCUCCAGUUCAGCAGACUGCUCUGACGCAAGGAGCAAGGAAAGCACAACCACCAAGGAGGUUGGAUGGAAGGAGUCGCUCCCAUCCUCUCCUCCCCCCCCUCCAUCAGCCACAGAGCCAGCUCUGCCACCCCCACAAACAGACAAAGAUGGUCCUGCACCCAAAAAAAUCAAAGCCCGCCCGCCUCCACUAAAGAAGACCUUUGACUCGGUGGACAAGGUGCUCUCAGAAGUAUACUUCGAGGAACGCUUUGCCGAACUGCCUGAGUUUCGGCCUGAGGAGGUUUUGCCUUCGCCUACCCUCCAGAGCCUGGCCACUUCGCCUCGCGCAAUCCUGGGCAGCUAUCGCCGCAAGAGGAAGAACUCAACAGAUUUGGACUCAGCCCCCGACGAACAAAUCUCCCCGAAGAGGAAGAGCCGGCGACGCUCCAGCUGUAGCUCUGAGCCUAACACGCCUAAAAGUGCCGCCAAGUGUGAGGGUGACAUCUUCACAUUUGACAGAGCAGCCACAGAUGGAGAAGACAUUCUGGCAGAACUGGAGUUUGAAAAAGUGCCCUACUCCUCCCUACGAAGAACACUGGACCAGAGGAGAGCGCUUGUCAUGCAGCUGUUCCAGGAACAGGGCUUCUUUCCAUCAGCUCAGGCCACUGCGGCUUUCCAGACAAGAUAUUCAGACAUAUUUCCCACCAAGGUGUGUCUGCAGCUGAAGAUCAGGGAGGUACGGCAGAAGAUCAUGCAGACUGCGACACCCUCUGAUGCCUCUGGCUUUGGGCCAUCAGACUCCGGCGCCCCUCUCCCUGGACCAUCUGGCUCCCAGCCAGGAGAAGGAUCUGGGAGGGGAGGAGGAGACCUGCAGGAUGAGGAAAUGGAACAGGGGUCUGAGGCGAGUCCAGAGGAUCCUCGUGACUCGCAGGACUCUUCUAGAUGA